AUGUUUACAGCAUACAUGAUAUUAAGUCCAAUAGUAGCUAUAGCAUUAGUAGGAUUAAACUGAUUAUUAGCUACUAGUAAUUCAUAUAUUGAAAAAAGUGGUCCUUUUGAAUGUGGAUUUACUUCUUAUCAACAAUCUAGAUCAGCAUUUAGUGUUGCUUUUAUAUUGGUCGCUAUAUUAUUCUUACCUUUUGAUUUAGAAAUAUCUUCUAUAUUACCUUAUGUAAUUAGUCCUUAUAAUAAUGGCCUUUAUGGUUUAAUUAUAUUAAUUAUAUUCUUAUUCUUAUUAGUUGUCGCUUUUAUAGUUGAAAUACAAUUAAAAGCUUUACAAUUAAAUAGAGAAUUUGUAGAUGAUGGCCCUAUUUCUAUAUUAUAUAAUAUAAAUAAAUAA